GUUGCGACGGGCGAUCCUCUCCCACUUGCCUCUCCGCUAUCAAAGAAGCUGGAAGGCCACCAACGGCACAUCCAAAGUAGGACGACCACCACCUCCCCCUCCCGCAUCGGUACUUAACCCUGGUUUUUCCGAGAAGAGGAAUCUCUUCUAGAGCUCCGCGAGCGCUUCGGAGUCCGAAGGGCGCGAUCCAAUGGCCUUCCACGCCGCCGCCCCCGCAUUCCCCGGCCUCGCAUCGGGCGCCCGACUCCGCUCCAACGACGCCGCUUCUCUCAGAAUGUUCCCAACCAGACGACCUACCAUAGUAGCCUUGCCCACGUGCUACCCGAUCCGUCGACACCGAGGUUGUAUAAAAGCAGUUUCGGGGAAUAGUGAUCCUCUAGAGACAAGUGAUUCUUCACUUAUAGUCUGCUUUGGAGAAAUGCUGAUUGAUUUUGUGCCAACUGUCAGUGGCUUAUCAUUGGCCGAAGCUCCAGCUUUCAAGAAGGCCCCUGGAGGUGCACCAGCUAAUGUUGCUGUCGGAAUAGCACGUCUUGGUGGUUCAUCAGCAUUUAUUGGAAAGGUUGGUGAUGAUGAGUUCGGGUACUUGCUAGCUAACAUUUUAAAGGAAAAUAAUGUGAAUAGUCAAGGAAUGCGAUUUGACCCUGGUGCUCGUACAGCUUUGGCUUUUGUUACAUUAAGAAGUGAUGGUGAACGUGAAUUCAUGUUCUACCGAAAUCCUAGUGCUGAUAUGCUUCUUGAAGUAGCAGAACUUGAUCUUGACAUCAUUACGAAGGCAAAGAUCUUCCAUUAUGGAUCUAUCAGCCUUAUCACUGAACCAUGCAAGUCUGCACACAUUGCUGCAGCUAAAGCUGCUAAAGAAGCUGGAGUGCUUCUGUCAUAUGAUCCCAACCUAAGACUGCCACUUUGGCCAUCUGCAGAAAGUGCUAGAGAUGGUAUCUUGAGCAUAUGGGAUACUGCUGAUAUCAUCAAGAUAAGUGAAGAAGAAAUUUCCUUUUUGACUAAAGGGGAAGAUCCCUAUGAUGAUGCUGUUGUAAGGAAACUGUUUCAUCCAAAUCUUAAAUUGCUACUUGUAACUGAAGGUCCCAAUGGCUGCAGAUAUUACUCAAAGGACUUCAGUGGGAGGGUUAGUGGAUUGAAAGUUGAACAAGUGGACACUACUGGUGCUGGAGAUGCUUUCGUGGCUGGAAUAUUGUCCCAAUUAGCCAGUGAUAUUUCACUGCUCCAGGACGAACAAUGGCUUAGAGAAGCCCUUAAAUUUGCAAAUGCAUGUGGAGCUUUGACUGUGAUGGAAAGGGGAGCAAUCCCAGCUUUACCAACUCGGGAGGCAGUGCUGAGUGCUUUGGUCAAUAUGGUUGCUUAAACUGAGCAGUUGUAGUCAUUCCUUCAUCUAAAUCCUUAUGCCGACGUCAGCCAUGUAAACUGCAGCCCUCCCAAUCAGGAUAAUAGGUUGGAUCCUUUUACUGCAGUAAUCUGCUCGAUAACGGUAAUUAUUUGGCAGCCCUGCAGUUAUAAAUAAAGAAAAGUUAUUGGUCAAAAGCUUAAUUUGCCUCCA